AACAAUCUUGGUGAUCCAUUUAUUGACAGUAACUAUGGUGUCCAUUCAAGACAGUUUGAAGUGGGUGUCUUAGAUUGGUUUGCCCGUCUAUGGGAGAUAGAGAAAAAUGAAUACUGGGGUUACAUAACAAACUGCGGUACAGAAGGAAAUCUUCAUGGGAUUUUAGUAGGGAGGGAAGUGUUUCCUGAGGGAAUUCUGUAUGCAUCACGAGAGUCACAUUAUUCUGUCUUUAAAGCAGCUCGCAUGUAUAGAAUGGAAUGUGUGAAGAUUGACUGUUUGAUCUCUGGUGAAAUUGAUUGUGCUGAUUUUAAAGUUAAACUACUGGCUAACGAGGACAAACCAGCCAUCAUCAAUGUUAAUAUAGGAACAACUGUCAAGGGAGCCGUCGAUGACCUUGAUCUUGUCAUACAAACACUUGAAGAAAGUGGAUUUACACAUGACCGGUUUUACAUCCACUGUGAUGGAGCUUUAUUUGGAUUUAUGAUGCCUUUUGUUAAACGUGCACCAAAGGUCACUUUCAAAAAGCCCAUUGGAAGUGUGAGUGUUCCUGGUCACAAGUUUGUUGGCUGUCCAAUGCCAUGUGGUGUGCAGAUAACAAGGAUGGAACACAUUAAUGCUCUCUCAAGGAAUGUUGAGUACCUCGCUUCAAGGGUUGCCACAAUCAUGGGAAGCCGCAAUGGCCACGCUCCUAUCUUCCUUUGGUACACCCUCAACAGAAAAGGCUACAGGGGAUUCCAGAAAGAAGUGCAAAAGUGUCUCGGAAACGCUCAUUACUUGAAGGACUGCCUACGUAAUGCUGGGAUCAGUGCUAUGUUGAAUGAAUUCAUCAAUACAGUUGUAUUUGAGCGUCCUCAAGAUGAGCAGUUUGUGCGCAGGUGGCAACUAGCUUGUCAAGGGAAUGUUGCACAUGUGGUGGUGAUGCCCAAUGUCGCCAUUGAGAAGCUGGAUGAUUUCUUGAAUGAAUUUAUUGAGAAGCGCUCAACUUGGUAUUUGGAUGGACGAGUUCAACCUCCGUGUAUUGCAGCAGAUGUGGGGAAUGAGAAUUGUGCUUGUACUUUGCAUAAGUGA